CAGUCUUGCCUGCCUGGCUGCCUGCAGAUGUUCUUGUGUUUUGUGUGUGAAUAACACCUGCAAUUAUUUUCCGUGUGCAUUUGCUGACGGCUCUACCAAGACCCACCCCCCCUCACAAUAAAGACAUAUUUUAAAAGAGCGGGUGGAUCUGAUCUCUUACCAGAGAAGCUGUGCUGUGCUGUGCUGUUGUAUUUUUAUUUAAAGGACAAUAACCCCCAAUGUGUUUCUUGGCACUCGGCUCUGGUGGCGUUUUUAAUUUCAUUUUUUUGGGAGACAUGGAGCCUGGUAGAGUGGUUCGGCUCCUCCUGUUCCUCACCCUCUCGUUCCUCUGGGACAAUUCCCAAGCCCUGGAUCCUGCCUCAGACUUCUCCUACCUGGGAUCAUCCUUCAGUCUGGAGCCGUCCGGCAGAGAGAACAGCACGGAGGUGCUUCUACUCUACAGAGUCCUGUCCGCCUCUCCUUGCCCUGCUGCUUCGAAGGGGCUAUGCGGGGUGCUGAACUGCACCACCCCCUCCCAGCAGGGGGCGCACGGGAGCAGCCCCUCCCCAGGCUGGUGCCAGGCUCAGGGGGAGGUCAUCGUCCACGUUGAACACUCCUCCACGCUGCAGCUCAGCUCCUCUGGGUGUUGCUGGUCCCAGUCUGUGGCUCCUCGUCUCCAGUUUGUCCUGCUAAUGAGGGUGGAGCUGGGGUUUCGAUCUGACACUGGCUCUCCUAACAGCCCCCCUCAGGCUGCCCUUCUCCCGCCGGUCAGGUUACCCCGGAACUGCGCGACGUCCUUCAGCCUGGGCGUGUUGGACCGCGAGGGAGACGUGGUGAGGUGUCGCUACGGGCAGCGAGCGCGGGCGGAGUGCACGCUCUGCUCCCACCAAGCAUUCCUGCACGUGGACGAGGAGCUGUGCGUGCUGUGGUACACUGGCGGGGGUGCUCAGGGCACCUACGCUGUGGAGCUCAUUGUGGAGGAUUACCCCAGAGCAGCAGUGACUCUAACACACACCCAGGGGACGCGCACCAUUCCUCCGUACUCCUCUACCGGAACACCCCUGAGCUCCACACCACUGCACUUCACUGUCACAGUGGAGGGUGAAUCCCCGGAAUGCAUGCCUGGAUUGGCCCGUCCCGGAUUCACGCAGCCCACUCCAGCCAAUGGGGAGACAGUAUCCGUGCUGCCCUACGAUGAAGUGACCUUCACCAUCAGCGCCGUCAGCUCCGAUAUGGUGUCCGAUAUUGUGGUUCUGGGCCCCCCUGGGCUAGUGCUGUCCAAUCUGUGGGAGGAAAAGACAGCCGGGGUCCGCGUGGUGUCGGCCAACGUGAGCUGGACUGGAACCAGCAGGCAGGACCCUAGGAGCAAACCUGUCUGUUUCAGCGCCAGCACCAAUAGGUUUCAGUCCGAGCCCAGAUGUAUUUGGAUUGCACAGCAGACGACCAUAGAGCCUCCCCCAGGGACAGUGCUGCAGUGUCUAGAGGAGCGGAUGAAGCUGUUCCUCCCCCGAAUCGCCCUCCCCGACAUCAACGAGAGUGACCUACAGCUCAUCGACCCCACCUGUAACAUCACAGGAAACUCCACCCACUUCCUGCUGGACAUCCCUCUAACAGACUGCGGAACCAGGAUCCAGGAGGAGGACUCGUACCUGGUGCUGGUGAAUGUGGUGUCGAGCAGGCUGUUGAGCCAGGACCUGGGCGCUGUGAUCACGCGCAUCCCCUCCCUGCGCUUCCCGCUGGCCUGUCGCUUCAAGGCAGGGGGCCUGGUGACUGGGAUGGUGUCUAUACCCCAGCGGCCCAAGGACGAAGCGUUUGGAAAAUUCACCUUCGACAUCAAGUUCCGCAGGGAGCUGCCGGCCGUGGCGGGUGUGGGACGGAUAGGGGACAUGGGCAAGAUGGACACACCCUUUGAGCUGGACCCCAUCAAGCCGCUCUACCUGCAAGUGAACGCCAGCUGUAACAUCACUGGCGUGGAGCUUGUGGUGCAAUCCUGCUGGACCGCCGAGUCCAAGAACACCACAAGGAGUGGAAGCAGCUCCUUCAUAAACAACGGGUGUGGGUCCAGUGGGAAUGUUGAGCUCAUGAUGGAUGAACUCAAUGACAAGAUCUACAAGAUCAACCUGACCUCCCUCAUCCCGGCUCGCAUCGUCCCUGAGGUGUAUAUACACUGCUCUGUGAAGCUGUGUAUGACGAUGUCGGACACGGAUCCCUGUUCCCCUAAUUGCUCCUCCUCGCGCUCCUUCUCCUCCAAAUCGUACUCCCGCUCCGCGUUCCUGCUCCAGUCCCUGGAGUCCAGUCUGUUCACAGUCAGCGCCGGUCCGAUCCGUCUCGGUGUAAACUCCACCAUCACCGAUACUGUGAAUCCAUUAUCACCCUCUUCAUUACCAUCAGUACCCACUUCCAGCUCCGAAAUUCCGAACCGUGUUGGCAUUGCCGUGGGGGUGGUUCUGGGGGCCGCAGUGCUCCUGAUCGUCGGUCUGCUGCUGAUUAAAACAUUCCUCGGGAUUCAGAACAGACGCAAGCUCGGGCACUACCGCCUCCAGGAGUGACACUGAGACACACACACUGACAGAGAGGCACAGACACACACACACUGAGACACACACACUGACAGAGAGCACAGAC